CCUCUCUAAUCUCUUCCUUUUAUUACCCUCGCCGCUCCAGUUCUCCACUCCAACAGCACGCUACGAAUCCAUCGCCCAAUCUCCAUCAUCCUCCUCCCUCCUCCACCCUCCUCCUCCUCCAUCGAUGGCGGGGUCGGCGAUCGCCGAAGGGGUGCGGCUCCACCACAUCGCGCGGGAGACGAGCGACGUGGAGCGCCUCGCCGCGUUCUACGCGGAGGUGCUAGGGUUCGAGCGCGUCGGAGCCCCCAAAUUCGGGGACUUCGCGGUGGCGUGGCUCCGCAUCCCGCGAUCCCCCCUCUCCCUCCACAUCAUCGAGCGGAACCCCGAAUCCAAGCUCCCCGUGAGCCCCUACUCCGCCGCCGCCGCCGCCGCCGCCGCCCACGCCGUAGUAGCGGAUCCCAAGGAGCUCCCCAGGGGCCACCACGUGUCCUUCGCCGUCUCCAACUACGACGCCUUCGUGCGAACCCUAAAGGAGAGGGGGAUUGAGACGUUCGAGAAGACGCAGCCCGAUGGGAGGACGAAGCAAGUGUUCUUCUUCGAUCCCGACGGUAAUGGCAUAGAGGUAGGAAACUGGGGAGAUUCCUAAAUCUUAAUUGAUGCAGGAAACGUUUGGGACGGGGAAACUAGCAGUAGGCCUGCCUCUAUUGUAUCUAAAUAACACACGGAUGGAACUUAUUUUGGUCUUCAGUUUCCAAACGUUUGAUAAUGCUCAAAAGACGCGCUUGUUAGUUCGAAUCCUUGUAUCGUAUAAAGCUGAGAUUGGUAUUAAAAAACAAAAAAACUUGCUUGCUAGUAAUGAUAUAGAUUGGCAAUUCAAAUGCUUUA